GCAAUUGUCUUGUCUGUCAGGUACCUGCCUUUGCCUCCAUACAUAUAUCGCAAGAGAGACGCGCUGACUGUUUCUUUGUCUUUGUUCUUUUUCACUGUCACUGCAUUGCUCCUGUUUCAUCUCAUCUCUAUAUCCCUCUUACCUACAACUCUCUGCAUCCCACGUAGCGACAUUCCCCUUGCAAACCUUGUCGCAUAUUCGAAGCUUCCAUUGCCCCGCACAUACACCACCACACAAAUACACCAUGGGCGACCUACAAGGACGGAAGGUCUUCAAGGUCUUUAACCAGGACUUUGUUGUUGAUGAGCGCUACACUGUCACCAAGGAGCUCGGCCAGGGAGCUUACGGUAUCGUCUGUGCCGCCGUCAACAACCAAACCAACGAGGGCGUAGCCAUCAAGAAGGUCACCAAUGUUUUUAGCAAGAAGAUUCUGGCCAAGCGCGCCCUGCGCGAGAUCAAGCUGCUCCAGCACUUCCGCGGCCACCGCAACAUCACAUGUUUGUACGACAUGGACAUUCCUCGACCCGAUAACUUCAACGAGACCUACUUGUACGAGGAGCUGAUGGAGUGUGAUUUGGCUGCCAUCAUCCGAUCUGGCCAGCCUCUUACCGACGCCCACUUCCAAUCCUUUAUCUACCAGAUCCUUUGCGGUCUCAAGUACAUCCACUCCGCAAACGUUCUGCACCGAGAUCUCAAGCCCGGUAACCUGCUUGUCAACGCCGACUGCGAGCUCAAGAUUUGCGAUUUCGGUCUUGCCCGAGGUUUCUCAGUCGACCCCGAAGAGAAUGCUGGAUACAUGACCGAGUACGUCGCUACUCGAUGGUACCGUGCACCUGAGAUUAUGUUGAGCUUCCAGAGCUACACCAAAGCUAUUGAUGUUUGGUCUGUUGGUUGUAUUCUGGCUGAGCUUUUGGGCGGACGACCUUUCUUCAAGGGCCGUGACUACGUCGACCAGCUGAACCAGAUUCUUCACAUUCUCGGAACCCCCAACGAGGAGACCCUCUCCCGUAUCGGCUCACCCCGUGCCCAGGAAUACGUCCGCAACCUACCUUUCAUGCCCAAGAAGCCUUUCCCCAGCCUGUUCCCCCAGGCCAACCCCGACGCUCUCGACCUUCUCGACAAGAUGCUCGCCUUCGACCCUUCGUCCCGUAUCAGUGUAGAGCAGGCUCUCGAGCACCCUUACCUGCAAAUUUGGCAUGACGCCUCGGACGAGCCCGACUGCCCCACCACAUUCAACUUCGACUUUGAGGUUGUUGAGGACGUUGGUCAGAUGCGUGGUAUGAUUUUGGAUGAGGUUCAACGAUUCCGACAGAAUGUCCGUACCGUGCCCGGCCAAAGCGGUGGAGGUCUUCAGGGCCAGGGUGUCCCCGUUCCUCUGCCUCAGGGUAAUGGUCAAUGGACUGCUGAGGACCCUCGACCUCAGGAAUAUGCUGGUCAUGGUAACACCGGACUUGAGCAGGAUCUUCAGGGAGGCCUGGAUGCUUCUCGAAGAUAAGAGCUGCUACGCAAAGUACAAGGGUUGAAAAAGGAUAUAUCCUAGAGGAUUAAGAACGGCAUGCUCUCUGGUUCAAAAUGAAAGAUACACCCAAGGCACUGGAAAUAGGGACGAUGCUAGGUGGGUUUCGAGUAUUUAAUGCCUGGAAUGAGAAGAGAAGGAUGGAAAAAUAAAGCUUUUUGGCUUCAGCAGGCUGAGGGGGGCAUGCCCUUAAAUGGGUUGAGAGGGCAGUGAAGCGUUUCCCUCAUCUUCAUUUCCAUCAUAUGUUUUUCCGAAUGAGAAACGAUAUCAAUACUAUAUUUCUUUAUUUUUUAU